CCCGUGAAUACUCAAUACGCACCGAGAGACGAGUGAAGAAACCGGCACGGCUGUCUAAAAGAGUGACAUUCACAUAACCUACGGUGUAAUAUUACUAGCGUUAUUGUCGGAAAUCAUUCUGUUCAGCCUGUCGAGUUUGAAAUGUUACAGUUUAGGUUCUCGAGGGCGUUAAAGGAGUUUUGCAAGCCCAGUCUAAGGCGCCUUUGGAAAAAUAAUACAGAUAAUACAGCAGCCGCCGGAGGAUGCGCGUCUUCAUACAGACGAUCCCUGUGCAUGCAGACAGAUGCGGCCAACGAGAAGAGAAGGAAGGCAGGCAUUUUGCCCAGCCUGGAAGAUCUGCUGUUUUACACCAUUGCAGAUGGCCAGGAGAAAAUUCCAGCUCACAAAUUUACCACGGCUCUGAAAGCCACAGGUCUGCGUACUGGAGACCCUCGUCUUAAGGAGUGUAUGGAGAUGUUAAAAGUCACCCUGAAGACCACAUCAGAUGGUGCUCUGGAUCGACAUCUCUUCAAAAAGUGUGUGCAAAGCAACAUUGUGUUGCUAACGCAGGCAUUCCGGAAAAAGUUUGUCAUUCCUGACUUUCAGUCAUUCACCUCUCACAUCGAUCAAAUUUAUGAGAGUGCUAAAUCACUGUCGGGUGGCCAGGUGGCAGAUUACAUUCCUCAGCUAGCUAAAUUUAGCCCUAAUCUCUGGGGCGUUGCCCUGUGCACUGUAGAUGGCCAACGGUACACGGCGGGUGACACGAAAGUUCCAUUUUGUCUGCAAUCGUGCGUGAAACCAUUAAAAUACGCAGUUGCUGUUCACGAUCACGGCACUGAAUACGUGCACCGAUUUAUAGGGAAGGAACCCAGCGGUCUGCGUUUCAACAAACUCUUUCUUAACGAAGAUGAUAAACCUCAUAAUCCCAUGGUAAACGCUGGCGCCAUAGUUUGCACUUCUCUCCUCAAGCAAAGCGUAAGCAACGCUGAGAAGUUUGACUAUGUGAUGAACUUUAUGAAGAACUUGGCAGGAAAUGAAUAUGUUGGUUUUAGCAAUGCUACGUUUCAGUCAGAGCGACUGUCAGGUGACAGAAACUUUGCCAUUGGUUACUACUUGAAGGAAAAGAAGUGUUUCCCAGAGGGUACAGAUAUGAUCUCCAUCCUGGACCUUUACUUCCAGCUGUGCUCCAUUGAGGUAACCUGCGAAAGUGCCAGUGUGAUGGCAGCUACCCUGGCGAACGGCGGCUUCUGUCCAAUCACGGGCGAGCGUGUGCUGAACCCCGAGGCUGUACGAGAUACUCUGAGUCUCAUGCACUCCUGCGGCAUGUACGACUUCUCUGGACAGUUCGCUUUCCAUGUUGGUCUCCCGGCUAAAUCAGGUGUUUCUGGAGGCAUCCUGCUGGUGGUCCCCAAUGUGAUGGGCAUUAUGUGUUGGUCUCCUCCUCUUGACAAAUUGGGCAAUAGUGUGCGAGGAAUCCAGUUUUGCACGGAUCUGCUCCAGCUCUUUAAUUUCCACAACUAUGAUAAUUUACGGCAUUUUGCCAAGAAACUGGAUCCACGCCGAGAGGGCGGAGACCAGCGGGUCAAGUCGGUUAUCAACCUGCUGUUUGCGGCCUACACAGGAGACGUGUCAGCUCUGAGAAGGUUUGCGCUAUCGUCGAUGGAUAUGGAGCAGAGAGAUUACGACUCUCGGACGGCCCUUCAUGUAGCUGCUGCUGAAGGUCACACUGAGGUUGUGCGUUUUCUCCUAGAGGCUUGUAAGGUGAACCCAGUGCCCAGAGACAGGUGGGGUAACACUCCCAUGGACGAGGCCAUUCAUUUCGGCCAUCACGACGUCGUAACGAUCCUGCAGGACUAUCACAACGCUUACAGCCCUAAGGAGACUACUGCCGACAGCGACAAGGAGACGGCCGAGAAGAAUCUGGACGGGAUGCUGUAGAGAUGAUCUGUUGCGU